GUAAGCAGACACGCCCUUUAGGCACUCAAAGCACAACAGGCUAGUUUGCAGUAUGUGGAGAGCGGAGUUUUGAAAUACUGUAGUACUGUUUCACCAUGUAGUGAAAUAUGAGAGUAUCGGUAGUGAGCUCUUAGACCGCAUAUGCCGGCCACUACUAUCCUCCACAUAUGCACAAACGAUAAAACAAGCUGUGACACAGCGCAUCCUGGCACACUAGCAGUCCAUAAUUGGAUUGCUACCAUUUCCCUCUCUGUUUGUAAACAUACAUCAGGUCAGGUGGCUCGCCCCGCCCACUAAACACGUGUGUUGGCGGACCUGGAUCGAGAGUAUGUGCGGUCAUUUGCAUACACGGAUCAAUACGUCAGCAUGUCUUAUUUAUCGACACACACAUACCAUAACACAGCAGUAGGAUAAUAGAUUUCAUGCCGGCGCGUGCCUGAUAGGGUAGGCAAAACCAGCAAGACUACGCUUUUAACAGAAUUGUUUUUACUACCACCACAUGGCGAGCAGCAUGGCGAUGUACAACGAGAGCUUUUACCCCGAUGGUGACGGUGUGUUAUCAUGCCAGUUAAAACAACAGGCGACGAACCAUUGUGUAUUUGACGACGAGAGUAUACUAGCCUUGGUACGAGCUGUACAAGAAACAGAGUGUUACACCCCAUUUAUUAAAGAAGAACUGAAAAUGAAGAUCAGAGAACGACGACAAGCGUCGGGAAAAGAAGAGUUAGUCUUGGAAAAGCCCACUGUAAACAAAAACGAGCUAACAGCUACAGAUGUCCACCGACGAGAGAUAAGAAAAGAACAAAACCGAAGAGCCGCACGUCGCUACCGCAAUAAACAGAGAACUAAGGCUUCUGUGGUCCGCAAGGAAAUGGAUAAGCUGGAGCAAGACAACAGCAUGCUGAUGUCUGAAAUCAAAAAAUUGCAUGAGGAAAAGAACGAGCUAUUCCAGGUCCUCCAGAACCAUUUACAGGAGUGUUUGCUGGGGCCGUUGUCUCUUAAUGCCGAGUCAUGGCACCUACCAGAUUUACCAAUGGAAUAAAUGCUCUGAAUGAAUGUCCAGGAGAAUAAUGAAUACAAGUCCGGCCGUCCAGCAGAAGGAAUAGUGCGCGUGAAAGAAGUGCUCUUUGUCGAAUUCCUUUCUCUGUGAACGAAGUCUCAGGCGGCCUGCCUCCGAGGGAAGAUCUCGAACCCAGAAAAGAAAUUGGCUAGAAAAAAUCAUGACCAUGUCAACUGCUAAUUUCCUCCUCUUCGGCGCUGUCUGAAGAACGGGUACACUCGAAUUGACACGCUCAAAAUAAAGAAACGCGGACAGUUUUAUGCAGGCCUGUGUAUAGUUACCAGAGUACUGAAAUUGUACGGUUUUGAGUGAUGGGAGGAUGAAGGAACUAGAGAUUGUGACAAUUCUAUACGAACUGGUCAGUUAUUGGCAUUAUGGCGCAGUUCUUAUAUGUGGUAUUUUAAAAUGAACAAUCACAAUUCAUGAACAUUUGGCGGUCACAGUGGGCCAGAUUAUAUGUAACUGUCGAUCAUUGACUGAGAAUGGAAAUGUUAAUAAUAUUUUGCAAAAAAUGUGCGUUUUUGGUAAAAACAAAUUAUGUAUUGAAAAAUCUAUCCGACUCUUACCUCGACAUGACGAUUCCAGGAUUUAAUACCUCGAUAAUUCUUCCCGAAUUUAUGAUCUCAAACGACCGAUAUUUGAAGAGAAUCUAAACGUUUGUUUGUGUUUUUGAUCUCAACUGAGUAUAGCAAGUAUAUCUACACUUGUGUACUUCAUGCGGCUUUAUUCAGCUCAUCAGAUUGUAAAUAAAUAUAUAAAUCUGUCAACUUUGAACGUCAUCUUUGUAUAUUUGAAUUG